AUUGACAGAAUUUUUAGGCCGUUGUUGAAAAUUCCAAAAAAAUCCCUUUUAAAACCCCAGGCCUUAGGCCACCCCAGAGAUGACAAGAAACAGUGGCCGAAUUCUUUCAAGAAAAGGAAACCAUAUCCAUUGAAGCUUUCUCUUCUAAUUGGCCAGAACAGCCUGCGCGUUUUGGAUGGGACAAAAACGAGAUUAUACUCUUCUUCUUCCAGAAUAAGCAUGAGCUUAAGAGCCGGCAUUGUUGGUCUCCCUAACGUCGGCAAAUCAACUCUAUUCAAUGCCGUUGUUGAGAAUGGGAAAGCACAAGCUGCGAAUUUUCCGUUUUGUACAAUAGAGCCAAAUGUUGGGAUUGUUGCGGUUCCGGAUCCUCGGCUCCAUGUUCUUUCUGAACUCAGCAAGUCUCAAAGAGCUGUCCCUGCUUCUAUUGAGUUUGUUGACAUUGCUGGUCUCGUUAAGGGUGCCAGUCAAGGAGAGGGAUUAGGAAAUAAAUUCUUAUCGCAUAUCCGGGAGGUGGACUCCAUUCUUCAGGUUGUACGCUGUUUUGAAGAUAAUGACAUUGUUCAUGUGAAUGGCAAAGUUGAUCCUAAGUCUGAUAUUGAUGUUAUCAAUUUGGAACUAGUUUUCUCAGAUUUAGAUCAGAUAGAGAAGAGAUUGGAGAAGCUUAAAAAGGGGAAGGCGAAGGAUUCACAAUCUAAACAAAAGGAGGAAGCAGAAAAGUCUGCCUUGGAAAGGAUUCGGCAGGCACUUAUGGAUGGAAAACCAGCACGAUCAGUUGCAUUAACUGACUUUGAGAAGGAUGCUGUGAAACAUCUUUGCUUGCUGACAAUGAAACCAAUCAUUUAUGUGGCCAAUGUCACAGAAUCUGAUCUCGCUGAGCCUGGAAAUAAUCCCCAUGUUACUGAAGUGAUGAAUCUUGCAUCUGAGUUGCAAUCUGGAAUUGUAACAAUUUCUGCACAGGUUGAGUCAGAGCUCACUGAACUUCCAUCAGAAGAACGAACAGAAUAUUUGAAAUCUCUUGGUGUCAAUGAAAGUGGGCUUGGGAACCUUAUUAGAGAAACAUAUAGCCUUCUAGGGCUGCGUACAUACUUUACAUCUGGGGAGAAGGAAUCAAAAGCAUGGACAAUACUUGCAGGGAUGACUGCUCCUCAAGCUGCUGGAGUUAUUCACUCCGACUUUGAGAAAGGCUUUAUUCGUGCUGAGACAGUAUCUUAUGAUGAUUUUGUUGCCACCGGUUCACUAGCAGCAGCAAGGGAAAAGGGACUUCUGAGAUCUGAGGGUAAAGACUACAUAGUGCAAGAAGGAGAUGUAAUGCUGUUUCGUUUCAACAUUUGAUGAUUGUACUUUUGAAGCCGAAGGCAUUUCAUCAUUCCUUUACCUAUCAAACACUGAAAAAGAAAUGUAUACCUCAUUGGUUUUGUAUUUUCAGUGGUCUAAGAUCAUGUCGAACGUCAGGCAAAUGGUACAGGAUGAAAUUCUUCUUUUACCAUUUCUGAACCAAGAGAUAUAUUCAGAGAUUGAUCUGCCCAUGAAAUUGUCCAUUUGUAAUUCAAAAAGUAAACAAACGAAAUCCCCCCAUUUUUCAUCUCAUGGUUGUAACUAUAUUGUCAACAAUAACGUAGUUUGUUGGUAGAGUGUUGAACUCUUAGUUUCAGUUCGAGUGACAAGGGAUCAAUUCCUAGCAACCUCAAGUUCCAAAAAAAAAGAGGUUGUAACUAUAUUCAUCUGUGAAUAUAUAACCCUAUAUGUUGGGGCAUCAUUACUUUACUUAUCUUGCCCUAAGAGUGAAAAUUUAGAGAAAUAAUUUCUGCUACUUUGUAGAGGUUUUCAAUGGUAUUUGAAAGUUUUUCUUUGUUGCAUUGAAAACAUAUUUGCAGAUCUGACCAAAUAAUGCCUAACGGCCUAAGGAUCCGGAUGGCAGCUGAACUUCAUGUCAGUUUAUUUUCUUUAUCUUUCAUCUUCCCCAAUUUGGCUCAAGGAAACAAAAGGUAAUGAAAAUGACUUUAUGCAUUUAUU